AUGUCCCCCGCGCACUCCGCGGGAAGCGGAUCGAGCGGCGAUGAGCGCGAUAGGGGGAGGGAGGAGCACGGGAAAGGGCGCGAAGGGCGGGGCGAGGGGAGGCGGAGGCGGGAUGAGGGGAAGGAACGGGAGAGGGAGUGGGGCAGAUCGGCGGAAAAGGAUGGAGACAGGUUCGGGCCGAAGGAUAGGGAUAGGUCCGGAAGCGAUCGCGAGAGAAGGAAGGAUCGGGAACAUGACGGGGAGAAAGAUGAUCGCAGGGAGAGAGGAAAGGACAGGGAUCGAGACAGAGACAGAGACAGGGAUAGGGAUAGAGAUAGGGAUAGGGAUAGGGAUAGAGAUAGGGAGAAAGAUAGGGAUCGACAUAGGGAUAGGGAUAGGGAUAAGGAUAGGGAUAAGGAUAGGGACAGAGAUAGGGGUCGCAAAGAGAGGGAGCGUGAGAAGGAGGGGGAGAAGGAGCGGGAUGGAGAGAGGCACAGGGAGAGGGACCGAGAGCGUGACAGGGAGAAAGGGAAGAGCAAGGACCGUCACAGGGAUAAGGAGAGGGGCAGAGAGAAAGACCGGGAGCGGGAGGAGCGGGAGCGGGAGGAACGGGAAAGGGAGGAGCGGGAGCGGGAGGAGCGGGAGCGCGAGCGGGAGAGGCGGAGCGCGCGGCUGGAGUCGCUGAAAGCGCUGACGGGCGGCAAGGGCGAGCGCAGCGACAGGCGCCGCGAGAGGGCGGGCGCGCGGGUGCUUAGGGAGGGUGCGGGCGCGGCGGAGGGCGCGCAGGGGCCCGCAGGUGGCGGGGAAGGGGGUCAAGGCGGCGAGGGGGGCGGGAUGGGAGGAGGGGAGGGGUCCGUGAUUAAGGGGGAUGGGUUGGGGGCUAAGACAGGGGAUGGGGUGGGCAGUAAGGGAGGGGAGGAGGCGGGUGGCGAGGCUCAGGAGGCUGGGCUGCGCAAGCUGAGGCUGAAGCUGUCAGGUGCUUCUUCAGGUUGGUCUCAGCAGGGGGAGGCGUCAGCAGCGGCAACAGUGGGCAAGGAGAGUCCCAGAGAUGCUGCAGCUCACCAUGACUUCGCCUUGGACCCCUUACAAGCCCCGCGUCGCAGCCGGCGCAGCAUGAAGCUGCCGGCGCCGUCCUCGCCGUCCUCCGCUGCCGGCCACGCUGCGCGGGUGGCAGCGGAGGUGGAGGCGGCGCGGCAGCUGAAGCGCGAGGAGGCCGCGCGGCGCCGCAAGCAGCAGUCGGAGCGCGCGGCACGCGCCGUCCAGGAGAACGCGAUCCAGAAGAUUCUCGGGCAGGACGGGUCGAGGAAGCGGCGGGAGCAGAAGAUUCAGAAGAAACGACAGGAGGAGGCCGAGGAGCGCCUGGCAGCCAGUCAGGUGCCGCCACCUGGCUUCGUGCGAAUGCGCUUCACAGCAGAUGGUGUGACAGUGGCAUGGUCGCCCGACUGCCAGCAACCCGCCAUGUUCCGCCCCCAGCCGCCGCUGCCCAUCCCGCCCCCACGCCCCCUGUGUGCAGCGCCGGGGUGCCACAAUCCCUUCCGCUAUCGCGACUCCAAGACCCGCCUGCCGCUCUGCUCCCUGCACUGCUACAAGACAAUACACGCCCCCCUGCCCGCUGCUGCUGCUACCUAUUAG